CGACAAUGGUGUCCUCAUUCCUCCCUCCCAAAGAUCUGGAUCCAAAUGUCUGAAGAUGCGCCCUUAAACAGCACCCUGAAAGCGGCCGCUUCAGCGAGCACUACAACCAUACAACUCGACCUGGACGAAUCUCACGAUCGACUUCUCCAACGCUCUCCUUCUACACAAUCUCGACGCUCAUCCUCGAUCUCUGAACAUGAAAUCGAUAUCGAAGAAGUCAAAGACCCUAGAAAAGGAAGUCUCACAUACCUAAACUGCGUCGCGAUAGUCGUCUCCCUCCAAAUCGGCUCCGGCAUAUUCUCCACCCCUUCAGAGAUCAGCAAACAUGUCUCCUCGCCCCUCCUCGGCAUAUCCGUCUGGAUCGUAGCCGGGAUACUGGUCUGGACGGGCGCAGCUUCGUUCAUUGAGCUGGGCAGACGGAUACCGCAUAAUGGAGGCGUACAGGAAUAUCUGAGGAGAUGCUAUGGCGAUGCUUAUGGGUUUAUGUUUAGUUUUGGCUAUAUCGUUAUUGGGAAACCUUGCUCGGUGGCCAUCAUCUCGGGGAUCUUUGCUGAGCAUCUAAACAGCAUUAUCUUGCCGGAAUCGUGGAGGAAUGAGUGGUUGAAUAAGUUGGUUGCGCUUUUGGGGGCUUUGGCUAUUACUGCGGUCAAUUGCUGGGGAACCAAUACUGGGGCUAGUGCUGCGAAUGGGUUCUUCUUGUUGAAGGUCGUGGGACUUUUCUCUAUUGUGGUGAUUGGGUUGGCUAUUGGAGUUUCGGGGAAGGGGAAUGAUUUGCUUGAGUGGGUUCCGGACAAGGUGGCCGAAGAGAAUGACCACCCGUCGCUUUGGGUUUUGGUGGGAGAAUAUACGACGGCUAUGUUUGGAGCUCUGUUUACCUAUGGUGGAUGGGAAACUGCGAAUUAUGUGGCUGGCGAUAUGAAGAACCCGAUGAGGGACUUGCCUCGAGUGAUCAACUCAGCUAUGGUUAUUGUGAUGGUUGGCUUCAUUCUUGCCAAUGUUGGACUUUACAUUGUUGUUCCUAUGGACGCACUUCGAGAAAGAAAGGCUGUCGCUGUGACUUUUGGUAUCCAAGUAUUUGGAACUCUUGGUGGCAUAGGAUAUUCCCUCCUAGUUGCCAUAUCCUGUCUAGGAGCUCUUAACUCGAGCAUCUUUGCUUUGGGAAAGCUCAUCGUCUCGGCAAGUGAACGACAGUACGUCCCGAGUUUCUUCGGAGACCCAGAGCACGAAACUAAGGAAGAAGAGUCAUUCCAUUACCGGAAUUACUUUCGAGGGUGGCCGAAGCCGGUUAUCUCUAGCGUGAUGAUGUUGGUUCAAAAGACAGAGACGCUGAGAUGGGAUCAUAAGGUGCCAGUAUAUGCGCUGUUUUUCAAUGCUCUACUCUCUUCAGUCUAUAUCAUAUUUGGCACCUUCAGCUUCCUCUUGACGUUCAUAGGUAUCGCUGAAUACGUCUUCCUCUUGUUCGCUGUUCUUGGACUGUUUAUCCUUCGUCGACAGCCAGAAAACGGAGAACCAAUUCCGAGGACGUGGACCAUAAAUCCAGUAAUCUUCUGUGUUUGCAGCGCUUUCAUUGUGCUGCGAGGGGUCAUCACGGAUCCGUUACAGGGGUUGGCGUUACUGGUGUUCAAUUUGGCUGGGUUGGGACUUAGAAGAUAUAUCAUUGGCCCUGGUCAGAGAGGGGAUAUGGAAUUGCAUGCUGUGCCUAUAUUAUGAAAAGCAUCAGGAAUACUAUGAAUGCAAUAGAUCCUUCUUCCACGAG